AUGACAUCUCUUUCAAAUAACAAAGCUGAUGAUGGUGAGGUUGUAAUGAAAUCUUUCGAGACUUCUAACGAUAACGACAUUAAAGAUAUAGAUAUAAAUACAGCAGACAAUAACAGCUCAAAUAAUAUCAAUGAUAUUCCCCCAUUUUUACCAACGGGCUCAACUUGGGAAAUGAUAGGUGAUAUGUUACAAAACUUAACAAGCAAUCAAAUUAAAAAUUCAACUUCAACUUCAACCUCAACAUCUACCUCUACAUCAACAUCAACAUCUACAUCGGCAACCACAGUUCCAAUGAGUACUUUAGCAUCAAAAGCUGAAGAUGAUAAAGAAAAUGGUGUUGCCACAACAAAAAAUGAUGAAACCGAUAGCAAUAAUAAUGAUAAUGGUAAUAAUGAUAUAAAUAGCUCUGGUUAUAACUUUUUAAGUGAAAAUUAUAUGGAUAUAUUUGGAAUUUUACCAUCAAAAGACCCAUUGGUUUUAUCAAUAUGUCAUAAAUGUACAAAACCAAUUAAACAAUCUAGAUUCAUAUCACACUUUGAAAAUUGUGUUGGAAAUUCAUUAAACUCUUCAUCAUCUUCCUCACAAUCAUCAACUCCAUCACCAACUGAUAAUAAUAUAAAUAAUGGUGGUAGUGUUAUUAUAAAUAGUGUAGAUACAAAUAUAGAUCAAGGUAGUGAUAAUGAUAAGGUUAAUAUAGUAUCAGCAUCAUCGGUCACAGCUCCAGCUAGUAAACCAUCACCCGAUCCAAAGAAAAAAGCAAAUCAAGGUAUUGGAAGAGGGAGACCAAAAAAAAAAGUUGAUCCACCAAAACAAUCUGAACCAAUGAUUAUAGAUACACCUAUUACAACCAAUAAUAAUAGUAAUAGUAAUAGUAAUAACAAUAAUAGUAAUGGUAAUAAUAUUGACGAUGAUAUACCACCAAUACCAUCUCAAACACAGCAAAAAGAUGGAGUAAAUAAUGAUUCCUCAAAUAGUAAUAAUACUUCAGCACAAACAACAAAUACUACAGUAACAGGUUCAUCAUCAUUAAGUAGUUCAAGUUCUGGGAUACCAAAUAGUACAGCAAGUGGGGAACAACAAAUUUAUAAAAAAAUUGGACAACCAUUAACAGCUAGAAAAAGAACAUACGAUUCAAUGAAGGCUUCAUCUAAUAAAUUAAAUAUCGAUGGUUCUGCUUCCUCAACGACUAAUGAGGAGAAUAAUGCAAAUAGUAAUGUAUUGUCAACAAGCCCACACUUAAGUUCUUUACCAGGUUCAUCAACAACCACUACAAAUGAUAAUAAGAAUGUAGAUAUAAAUUUAAAUAUUAAUGAUAAGGACCAAUUAUUAAAUAACGAAAACAAUAAAAAUAGUGAAAAUAAUAAUAAUAAUAAUAAUAAUAAUAAUAAUAAUAAUAAUAAUAAUAAUAAUAAUAAUAAUAAUAAUAAUAAUAAUAAUAAUAAUAAUAAUAAUAAUAACAACAGUAAUAAUAAUAAUAGUAAUAAUGAUAAUAGUAAUGAUAAUAAUAUUAAUAAUAAUGAUAACAAUCAAAAUAGUGCAGAUAAUAAAAGCAGUAAUAAUGAUAAUAAUGAUAAAAAUGAUAAUAAAAAUGAAAAUAUGAAUAAUAAUAUUAAUAAUAGCAACAAUAACAAUAGCAAUAACAAUAAUAAUAGUGAUAAUAAUAAUAACAAUAAUAAUAAUAAUAAUAAUAAUAACAAUAAUAAUAAUAAUAAUAACAACAACAACAACAACAACAACAACAACAACAACAACAACAACGACAACAAUAAUAAUAAUAAUAAUAAUAAUAAUAAUAAUAAUAAUAAUAAUAAUAAUAAUAAUAAUAAUAAUAAUAAUAAUAACAAAAAUAAUAUUAUAUCUAACCCAAAUAGUAGUGCUAACUCACCAGUAUUGUCAUCACAAUUUCAAAAUACUGUUUCUGUUUAUAAUGUUGUACCAAUAAUACCUUUAGCUUACAAAUCAAUUACAAUUGGUUCAAACUCAAGAUUUAAAAAGAUGUUUUUAGGAGAAAAGCCAAAAGUAUCAAUUGUUUCAGAAGAUGAUACCGAUAAUACUGAUGAAUCUGAUACUGAUGAAUCAAAUAAACAAAAAGAUAGUGUUAGACCAUUAGGCACCCCACCAGCAAAUAUUGGUGUUUUUAUAUUAAAAUCAUCUGUAAGGGCUAAAAAUUAUCAACAGAAAUUAAUGGAACAACAAAUGCAACAACAACAACAAAUACAUCAACAACAACAAAUGCAAAACCAAAUUAAACAACAACAAAUUCAAAUUCAACAACAACAAAUCCAAAUUCAGCAGCAACAACAACAAUUGCAAAUACAACAACAAUUACAACAAGCACAACAAGUUGCUCAAAAACAACAAAGAUCAACUGUUCAAACAACUCAAACACCUAUAAACCCACAGUCCGUUUCAUCAACACUUUCUAUGGCCAAUGCCCAACAAAAGAUUAGUACAUCAAAUACAUCACCCAUCGUAGGAGAAUCACCUGUAAAUAACAAUGCUACAACUACAGCUAAUACAAAUACAGCACUAUUAACUUCACCUUCUACAGAAAAGAAAGAGAAGGAAAGGGAAAAAGAGAAGGAAAAAGAGAAAGAAAAAGAAAGGGAAAAAGAAAAAGAUGCAAAAUCAAAAAAACUUACUAAAAAAGAAAGAGAAAAGAUUGAAAAGGCAAAUGAGAAAUCAGAAAAAGAAAAAGAAAAGAAAAAGAAAACAAAAAAAGAAAAAGAAAAAGAAAAAGAAAGAGAAGAAAAGAAAUCCAAAUCAUCAAAGAAAAAAGAAGCAUUAAAAUCCAGUACCUCAUCAACUAGCAGUUCUUUACUUACACCUUCUACUACAGAUACAACAACAGCAGCAGCAACAACAACAGUGGCAACUGCAACCACAACAGCAAGCACUCCUUCCACAAAUAUAUCUACUCCAGCUCAACAACCCUCUACACCACAUAAUAGUAUUCAUUCUCCAAACCAAUCACAACCACUACAGAUUUCUCAAACACCACAAACACCACAAACACCCCAACCAAAUGUGCAACAACCACCUCAGCUAUCACCGCAACAACAUAACCAUUUAUCUCCACAGCCUACAGUUCAAAAUCCACAAGGUAUACCUCAAGUUUUAUUACAACAAAUGCAACAACAAGCUGCUCAACAACCACAGCUAUCCCAACUACAAUUAAACCAACAACCACAAUUAUUGCAACAACUUCAACAACAACCUCAACUACUACAUUUAAUUCAGCAACAGCAGCAACAACAACUAUUACAACAAGCACCUCAAAUUUUGCAACAACAUUUAAUAAAUCCAAUUUUUCAAGCACCUCCACAUGUGAUAAACCAACAAAAUGUAAAUUUAUCACCACAACAGGGUUAUUCAAGCACGCCAAUUCAAUCCCCUUUACAACAAACAUUCAGCCAAUCGCCAAACAAUGUACCAUCACCUCAAUCCCAAACAUCACAACAACCACAGCAGGCACAAUCACAGCAACAGAUACAACAAAUGCACUUUUUAAGACAAUUACAACAACAACAAAUACAACAAGGUCAACAACCAAGUUCACUUGUAAAUAAUACUUUUCAACAACCUCAAUUUGUUGGACUUAGAAAUUCUAAUGGUUUAAUCCAACAAGUUCCAUCACCACAGGUAGUAAACUCAUUAAUACAGCAACAACAACAACAACAACAAUUAAACCAACAACAAUUAAAUCAACAACAAUUAAACCAACAACAACUAUUACAACAACAGAUGAUCCAACAACAACAAUUAUUACAACAACAGCUAUUACAGCAACAAAAACAAUUUAAUCCAAAUCCCCAAUAA